ACAGUAACACGAAUCACUGUAAUGCGCGAACACCACUUCUCCACUUUCAAAUGACUAGCAAAGUGGCACCGAUUAAUAAUUAUAGACGCGGCAAACUCAUCGGUUUCAAUUGAAAAUUUGAAAACAAAUUAGGGUUUAGCAGACUGAAUCGAAGAUGGCGACGGAAUCAUCGGAGGGAGAUGAAGAAUCAAAAAUAGUAGUAGGCAAUCAACAGCUCGUAGUGGAAGAGAGUCUCAGAGAGAUGGCUAAGCAAGCUGCUUGGAGUGUUAGCUCUUGUAAGCCUGGCAAUGGUGUCCUCUCUCUCCGCGACGACAAUCUCGAAUCCUUCUGGCAAUCCGAUGGUGCUCAGCCUCAUUUAGUUAAUAUUCAGUUUCAGAAGAAAGUUAAAUUACAGUUAGUUGUUCUAUAUGUUGAUUACAAGCUUGAUGAGAGCUACACUCCAAGUAAGAUUGCAAUCCGUGCUGGUGACGGCUUUCAUAACUUAAAGGAGAUUAAAUCUGUGGAACUUGUCAAGCCAACAGGUUGGGUGUACAUUUCAUUGUCUGGAAAUGAUCCAAGGGAAGCAUUUGUGAACACUUUUAUGCUGCAAAUUGCAGUGUUGUCAAAUCAUCUUAAUGGGAGAGACACCCAUGUGCGCCAGAUAAAAGUUUAUGGACCACGACCGAACCCUAUUCCACAUCAACCAUUUCAAUUCACGUCCAGGGAGUUCAUCACAUACUCAACUGUACGCUGAAGAAACCCUUGAAUUGUGCAUGUGAACGAGUUAAACUAGAAUCGCUUUGAAUGCAUCAAACUGGAUAUACAUCUUGUUUUGUUUUGGUUCAUUAUCUAUUUGAAUUGGACCUGUUAUGUAAUUAUUGAUUAUGAUUGCAAUGGUUUAUGAAGACUGUCUUUUGUC